UAGAGCAAUUCCCUGAGGUGUGGUAGUAACCAGAGGAAACUGUGACUUGCUUGCUCCUAAGUAAGGAGAUGAUAAAUAAGGAGUGAAUACACUGCUCUUCUGGACCUCUCAUUUCAAAUUUCUCAGCCGAGAAAAUGAACAAAAAAGAGAUAAGUAUGUGUCGACAAACUUGGGCUUUAUUAUGCAAGAAUCUUCUUAAAAUCUGGAGGAUGAAAAGAGAACAUUUGAUGGAAUGGUUGAACGCAUUACUUCUUCUAUUUUGUAUAUACAUACACAGCAUGAGCCAUUUUAUUGAGGAUUUUUCUUCACUGCCUGUCUUGGACCUGGGACGGGUAGACUCAUUUAGAGACUCUACACUUACUAUUGCAUAUACACCUGUCACCAAUACAACACAACAGAUAAUGGACAAAGUAGCUUCAGCUUCAUUCAUGAAAGAUAAUAAAAUCUUGGGACAUCCUAAUGAAGAAAGUAUUGAAGAAUUCUCAGAAGCUCAUAUGAAAGAAGUAAUAAGAGUCAUAUUUACUAACACAUUUCAUUAUCACCUGAAAUUUUUAGUAGGCUACAGAAUUCCCACAAAGAAGGAACACAGUGACCAUACAGCUCAUUGUUAUAAGACUGUUGAAUCUGUUGAUUGUGGAGUUUCAGAAUUCUGGAAUAAAGGCUUUAUAUCUCUUCAAGCUGCAAUUAAUGCUGCUAUAAUAGAGAUCACAACAAAUCACUCAGUGAUGGAGCAACUGAUGUCUAUCACUGGGAAAACCAUGAAGCUACACUCCUUCAUUAGUCAAGACGGAAUCAUGACUGAUAUUUUCAUUUUCUUAUGCAUUAUUUGCUUUUCCCCAUUCACCUACUAUGUUUCUCAGAAUGUUGCGAGAGAGAGAAAAAAGUUGAAGGGCUUCAUGACGAUGAUGGGUCUUCAAGAUUCAGCUUUCUGGUACUCCUGGGGAUUGCUCUACGCUGGUUUCAUCUUCAUAAUGGCCCUUUUGAUAGCACUUCUAAUCAAAUCUGUCCAAUUUGUCAUACUGACUGGCUUCCUGGUGGUCUUCAUUCACUUUUUCCUCUAUGGAUUGUCUUUGAUAGCUCUGUCUUUUCUAAUGAGCGUGUUGGUGAAGAAAUCUUUCCUCACAGCCCUUGUUGUAUUCCUUCUCACUGUCUUUUGUGGGACGCUGGGAUUCACGGCAUUGUACAGACAUCUUCCUGCAGCACUGGAGUGGAUUUUAAGUUUACUUAGCCCCUUUGCCUUCACCCUUGGAAUGGCACAGCUUUUGCACUUGGACUAUGACUUGAAUUCUAAUGUGUUUCCUGAUCCACCGGACACUUCACAUCUAAUAAUAGCAACAGAUUUCAUGUUGAUUUUUGACAUUUUCCUCUAUCUGGUACUGACGAUGUAUUUUGAAAAAAUUUUGCCAAAUGAAUUUGGACAUCGAUACCCUCCACUGUUUUUCCUGAAAUCCUCAUUUUGGUCACAACAGAAGGCUGAGCAUGUGGUCCUUGAAGAUGAAAUAGAUUCAGAGCCUUUCUCCAAUGACUCUUUUGAACCUAUGUCUCCAGAAUUUAAUGGAAAAGAAGCCAUCAGAAUUAGAAAUGUUACAAAAGAAUAUAAAGGAAAACCUAACAAAAUAGAAGCUCUGAAAGGUCUUGUAUUUGACAUAUAUGAAGGCCAAAUCACUGCAAUACUUGGGCACAGUGGAGCUGGGAAAUCAACUCUGCUCAACAUUCUUAGUGGGUUAUCUAUUCCCACCAAAGGUUCUGUAACCAUCUAUAAUGACAAGGUUUCAGAAACAAAUGGCUUGGGAGCUGUCAGCAAGCUCAUUGGUGUUUGUCCACAAUCCAAUGUGCAAUUUGACUUCCUCACAGUGAGGGAAAAUCUCAGACUGUUUGCAAAAAUCAAAGGGAUUCCACCCCAUGAUGUAGAGCAAGAGAUACAAAGAGUUAUGCUGCAGUUGGAAAUGAAAAAUAUUCAGAACGUCCUUGCUAAAAAUUUAAGUGGUGGACAGAAAAGAAAACUAACCUUUGGAAUUGCCAUUUUAGGAGAUCCUCAGAUCUUUCUACUGGAUGAACCAACUGCUGGACUGGAUCCCUUUUCAAGACACCAAGUUUGGAACUUCUUGAGGGAGAGGAAAACAGACCAUGUAGUUGUCUUCAGUACACAGUUCAUGGAUGAGGCUGAUAUCCUGGCAGAUAGAAAAGUCUUCCUCUCCAAAGGAAGGUUGAAGUGUGCAGGCUCUUCUCUGUUUCUGAAAAAAAAAUGGGGGAUUGGAUAUCACUUAAGUUUGCAGUUGAAUGAAAUGUCCUCUCCAGCAAAAAUUACAUCACUUGUUAAACAACACAUUCCUGAUGCCAAACUAUCAUCAAAAAGUGAAGGAAAACUUGUCUAUACAUUGCCCUUGGAAAGAACAAAUAGAUUUCCAGAACUUUAUAAGAAUCUUGACAGCUGUUCUGACCUGGGAAUUGAGAAUUACGAUGUUUCCAUGAGAAGUUUGACUGAAGUGUUCCUGAAACUAGAAGGAAAAUCAGUUAUUGAUGAAUCAGAGAUGGUUGUUUUGGGAGAUGUGCAAUCAGAACAAGCUACUAACACAGAAAGUCUUACAGAGAUGGCACAAGUUCUCUCUUCACUGAAUAAGAUGAGAAGGAUGAAAAGUGGCAUGGCCCUCUGGACUCAGCAAGUCUACGCAAUUGCAAGGGUUCGCUUCCUAAAGAUAAAGCAUGAAUGUAAAAAUCUUCUAUCACUGCUGCUGAUUCUAGGAGUUGCAAUUUUCCCUCUUCUUCUGGAAUAUAUUUUGGUGAAAAUUAACCAAAACAGUUACACCUGGGAACUUUCUCCUCAUUUAUAUUUCCUGGCAUCUGGACAGCAACCACAUGACCCUCUCACUCCAUUACUGAUCAUCAAUAAAACAGGGACAAGCAUUAAUGACUUUAUUCACUCUGUGGAGCAACAAAACAUAAAUUUGGAAGUGGAUAUACUUGGAACUAAAAAUGGCCUAGAUGACCUGUCAUAUAAUGGUGCCAUCAUAGUAUCUGGCAAUGAACAGAAUUACAGCUUCUCAUUAGCAUGCAAUACCAAAAGACUGAACUGCUUCCCAGUGCUUAUGGAUAUUGUCAGUAAUGGGCUACUUCAAAUGGCAAAUUCAUCAGACCAUAUCCAAACAGACAGAAGCACAUUUUAUGAGGAUGAUCAGGUGUUUCCGUAUAAAAUGGUGGGAAAGACAAUGUGCUGGUUACUUUUGGCAUCCUGCUGUGCUCCUUAUAUUGCCAUGAGCAGCAUUGAUGAUUACAAGAACAAAAUCCGAUCCCAGCUGCGGAUUUCGGGGCUCUUUCCUUCUGCUUACUGGUUCGGGCAGGCCCUGGUGGAUAUUCCAAUGUAUUUCUCCAUGUUCCUUUUUAUGUACUUAAUGGACCUCGGUUUUUACUACGACGAUGACACAUUUAGAUUUGUCAACAGCAUUAUGCAAAUCAUAUGUACCAUCGGUUAUUCCUCAUCCCUUAUCUUCCUCACAUAUGGGAUUUCCUUCAUUUUUCGCAAGGGAAGAAAAAACAGUGGUUUUUGGUCAUUUUGUUUCUUUAUUGUCACCCUCUUCUCUGCGGCUAUAAUUGUAGCGCAAAACAAUGAAAAUGCCCUAGUGUACAGCCUCACGUUUUUCAUACCACCGGUCACCUUAAUUGGCUACCUAUUCCUGUCCUAUUAUCAUUUCAUCCCUGAUAUCUUUGAUGUAAGCAGAGCAGAGCCCUCUCCAAUUUUCCUAUUUUCUUUCUUUCAUUGUAUCAUCUUUGUGUUCAUUCUUCAAUGUCUGGAAUGGAAAUUUGGAAAGAAGCCAAUGAGAAAGGAUCCUUUAUUUAGAAUUUCUCCAAGAAGCAGUGAUUGGUGUCCAAAUCCAGAAGAGCCGGAGGGAGAGGAUGAAGAUGUGCAGAGAGAAAGAGUGAGAACAGUAAAUGCCUUGAAUUCCACAGACCUAGAGGAGAAACCAGUCAUUAUCGCCAGCUGUCUACGAAAGGAGUAUGCCAGAAAGAGAAAGCAUUGUUUUUCCAAGAGCAAAAAGAAACUGGCUGCAAGAAAUGUCUCUUUCUGUGUGAGAAAAGGUGAGGUUUUGGGAUUGUUAGGACACAAUGGAGCUGGUAAAAGUACAUCCAUUAGCGUGAUAACUGGAGAUACAAACCCAACUGCUGGACAGGUGAUUUUGAAAGGGGGCAGUGGAGAGGCCCCCCUGGAGUUCCUGGGGUACUGUCCUCAGGAGAACGUGCUGUGGCCCAACCUGACGGUGAAGGAGCACCUGGAGGUGUUUGCUGCAGUGAAGGGGCUGAGCAAAAAAGAUGCAGCCAUCUCCAUCCCACAGUUGGUGGAUGCAUUCAAGCUGCAGGAUCAGUUGAAGCUUCCUGUGAAGAACCUGUCAGAGGGAAUCAAGAGAAAGCUGUGUUUCGUGCUGAGCAUCCUGGGGAGCCCAUCUGUCAUGCUUCUGGAUGAGCCAUCCACAGGCAUGGACCCCGAGGGGCAGCUGCAAAUAUGGGAGGCCAUCCGUGCGACCAUCAGGAACACGGAGAGGAGCGCCCUCCUGACCACCCACUACAUGGCUGAGGCCGAGGCUGUGUGUGACCGUGUGGCAAUCAUGGUUUCAGGAAGGAUAAGAUGUAUCGGUUCUAUCCAACACCUGAAAAGCAAAUUUGGUAAGGACUACCUGCUAGAGAUGAAGGUAAGGACCCCGGAACAAGGAGAGACACUCCAUGAAGAAAUUCUGAGGCUUUUCCCCCAAGCUGCUCGGCAGGAAAGAUAUUCAUCUCUGAUGGUCUAUAAGUUGCCCGUGGAAGAUGUAAAGCCUUUGGCCCAAGCUUUCCUCAAAUUAGAGACAGUGAAGCAGAGCUUCGACUUGGAGGAGUACAGCCUCUCACAGUCCACCCUGGAGCAGGUGUUCCUGGAGCUUUCCAAGGAGCAGGAACUGAAUGACCUUGAUGAGGAAAUUCACCCCUCCAUGAGGUGGAAACUGCUCCCGAAGGAAGAACUUUGAAACUCUCUGUAACCUGUGUCCUUUUGAAGUCUGUGGCUGUACAGACUAUGGGGUGGAGAGGUUGAGGACAGGCAAGGACAAGGAAAGGUGAAAGGAGGUGUAGACAGAGUGCCCCUUCCUCAAAGCCUCCAUCUCCAUGGGGCAUCCUGAGCCUAUUUUCUCUGUAUGAUGCUGAAUGAGUGCAUUUCAUUUUCUAAGAGAGUUUAGGGCUCUGAGUAUGCUAAACAAAUCUUUUAAAUCAAAACUUUAAAACACUGUUUUCCAACCCGACCCAAACAGUUCACAUAUUUUACUCUCUUACAAUUGUAUUGCUUUGCCAACCAUUUAGUAUCUGAAUGUGCUGCAUUUUCUUGUACUUCCUUGAAAUAUUUGGGAUAUCUUAUAGGAAAACAUUUGAUAACAUAUCUACCAGUAGCACUAUCACUAAGUAUUAAGCUUUCCUGCCAAGUAUACUAUACAUUAAUUCUAAUUUUGAGGUCACCUUGUCUUUAUGUUAAUAACCAUGAAAGCCAUAAAAAUAAGCUUAAAACUCAUUUCUUUGGGAAGUUUACAUAUCUAGCAAACUUUUGUGUUAUAUAGAAAGAUGUUGGAAGGAAGAAUCUUAGUAAGUACAAGUUUGGGUUGACCUCGUAGUUGUGAUCAUGAGUAAAUCCCUCAACCUGACAAACUUGGUGUAUUCCAUUCUAGAGACUCAUCUUAGUACUGUUGAAUCCUAUGUUCUAUACGUGGAGCCCAAAAAUCUAUUCAAUAAGUUCUCCAGGUGAGGCUGGUGCAUGCUAAAUUUGAGAACCAUUAGGCUGGUUAUACUCAAUUGCCUCUUUGGAGACCAUCAAUUAAAAGUGCAACAUUCUAUAACCAGUACAAAUUUCUUCAAAAUGUAAAGGAUGAAAAAAUGAUUAUUCUAAUGCUACCAAGGGCAUUGAGAGACAGCCAAGAGUGAUAUCUACAAUUGUCAUUGAAAAUAUCUAUAAAACCAUUCCUGAAAAUGAGAUCAAUGCAAAUAUGCUUUAGACGUUAAAUAGAGGUUAAAGGUAACAAUAUUUUUGCUGAUGUAAUCUGUAGACAUUUAUUCCUUUCUUUUUGUUUUAAAAAUUAGAAAAACUCAUUGUUAGGUUUUAGCAGAAGGAUUUUUUAAUGUAAUUGGGGGGAGAUCUCCCCACUUACAAUCUCAGGGGGCCUGGGGGCCACUCCCAAGUAAUACUGAAUGGUACUAAGGUCCAGAGAUGAUGCGGAUGUCAGCUGUGCUGGGGCUAUCAAGGCUACACUUGGUGGCAUUUUGGGUGACGGUGGGGGUAAGGAGACAAGGACAUCAGUGUCUGGGAUUGGAGUUGGUGUCUAGCAGUGCAAAGCAAGUGUUCCAGAACUUUUAACUUUCUCCCCACCCACCACCUGGCAUGAAUUUUUACAGUAUAAUUCAAAGUUUCAAGUAUAUAAUUUGAUGAUUUUUGACAAAUAAAUAUAUUACAUAUAUUUCUAUAUACUUUCAUGAGUCAAUGCCUCAAUCUGAAAAAAAUAACUUUUUUAGAGUAGUUCUGUUCAUAAUAAAUUGUUUCAGUUUCUGUUUAUGAAAGUGACAUGAUUUUAUUCUAUAUUAAAAGGGUUGCUGGAUAUGGGGCUCUUGACUUAUAUGUUUUUCCUUAAGUGCUUUGUAUUAUUCCAGGGUUAUAUCGCUUUUAUACAUUUUUAUGAGAAUUCACACCUUUCAUUCUUGAUAACACUAUCUUUAUAACAUGAAGAGAACUUGGGCAGUGAAUGUUAAAGUCAUUACAAUGAAUGCCAUAUCAAACAAACUCAACUCUAAUAUGUAUUUUCAAUAACAUUAUUUUUGAAAUUUGAUAUAUUUUGCAUUUAAAUUUUUACUUUUCUUAAAUAAAUUUGUAUUGUACCUCGUGA